GGUGUAAAAAUGUGCGCAAAGCAGCAAAUUCUGUUGCUUAGUCUGCUGUGCAUUGCGCUUGUGGCUGCGAAUUCGAAUGCGAGCUCGAAUAAUAUGCUGCAGAGCAAAAUUAUACACAUUGUGGAUAUGCAGGGCAUGCUGGAUUCGAUUGACUUUAAUGCCAGCUCCAAGCAUAUUGAAACUAUAAGCAUUGCCAAUAAUUAUAACGAAACGCUGCUUGAGCUGCAAACUGCAGCUACAAAGAAAUUGCUGGCGCAGCUUGCAGCGCAGUUGGCUCAAUUAGCGUUGCGCUUAGACAAUUUGAAUGCCACGCUGCUAAGCAAAAAUGUUGCAGCAACGAGCUGCUCAACGCUCGAGUCUGUGCAGCUGCUAGUGCUGCCCAAGAUUUAUCCGUUUCGCGUGCUCUGCGCUGCUUGCAAGGCGGGCUCGGGUUGGAUUGUGCUGCAGCAGCGUUUUGAUGGCAGUCUGAGUUACUAUAGAGACUGGCUGGCUUAUCGCAAUGGCUUUGGCUACUACAACAGCGAAUUCUUUCUGGGCUUGGAGUAUGUUUAUCAGCUAACUAAUUCACGACCCUACGAGCUGUAUAUAGAGCUCAUUGAUUUCGAUAAUCGUCUGUACAGCGCACGCUAUGGCAAGCUUCCUUGUAGGCAGCGAAGCAAGAGCAGUACGCGCUCAAGUCCUUGGGCACGUACAGCGGCAGUGCUGGCGAUGCGCUCAGCCACAAUUUGCACAACAAGUUUUCCACUUAUGAUCGGGACAACGAUGCUUGGACUCGUGGCAAUUGCGCUGAUUACUAUGAGAGUGGCUGGUGGUUCAGCUACGAUACAAACAGCAAUCUCAAUGGCAGAUACCUCAAGCGUGGCUCCAAAACGCGCAAAGGCAUUUGGUGGUACACACUGCACGGCUAUCAGUCCUUGCAGUCCGUCCGCAUGCUCAUCAAGCCCAAGUACACAUUAGUCUAAGCGUGCCAAACAUUAAUUGGCACAUGAGAGAACAGAGACUUCACUUUAGUGCUCCCUAAGCUGAUUUGUUAUUAAGCAUAUUAAUAAGUUUAGCUUUGAAUCAAUUAAAAACGAAAUAAGCUAAGAUCUUAGUAUAAAAUUCUGAUUCAAUUCAAUUGAGCAC